AUGUUGAAAGGGGCUAGGGCAAUUUAUGGGGGCACAAGGGGAAGACUAUAUGCCGCGAUGGUGGGGGUGAUGCUGCUAACUGUGCUCUGGUUUUUGGGAGAAAUGAGCGUGAGGAACAAGGAAACAGGGACGUUGUUAAGAAAGAAAGACAGUGGUAGAAAUUAUACGCCGAGGGUGUAUUAUGCUGUGGUGCACACGAGGUACUCUCCGGGGUGGUGCAGGAUGAUUGUAAGUUCUAUACUCACUAAUGCAUCGGUUGCGACACUGGGCAUGGGAGGCUGGUAUGGGCAUGUGAAGAGGUGGGACUGGAUUUAUAGUUACAUGGUGCGUGAGAAGAUGCGCGAAAGUGAUGUGAUUAUGUUGUUCGAUGGGGGAGAUACCUAUUUCACCGAUGCAGGUGUUAGGGAGGAGGCAGUGAAGCAUUUCCUCGACACUACACCAAAAAUCCCUGAAGCGUUCAACGAGACGGCUAUUUUAAGAGGAGAAAUGACACCUCCAAUGUUGUUUACCGCUGAGAAGGGUUGCGCUACUCCUCAGCUGAAUAUCAUGGUGAAGCCGGAGGGGAGGUCGGAGUUUCAAAACUGUAAGAAGUUGUUUGAUGACGCAAUGGAUGCAACAAGGGGUGUGGGAGUUGAAAAUAUUUUAAGGGUAAAUGAAUCGGGAAGGUCGUAUCUUAAUGGCGGAGGCGUGAUAGCCAGAGUGUGGGCGCUAAAAGAGGCUUUGAAAGUUUUCUUUAAUUUGAGACGCCAGAGCCUUAUUUGGCUAUGUGAUCAAACUAUGUGGACUAUAGUGUUGACAUGGAGCGUCAGUAGGCCGAAGCAUGUGAAGCCAAAAUUACUGCUGCGAAGGGGAAUUAUAUCCCUCGAUUACGAGACGCGUUUUUUUCAUUAUCCCCACAGUGUUUCGGUCGAAAGUGGCGUGGUUUUGCACUUCCCAACCUCAAUUAGUGCGUGGAGGAACCUGAUGCCCAAAUAUCUCAACCAAACAAGUUGGUUUAGAGCCCUUCGAGAUUCUUCCUUCCAACAGAAAAAUGCCUACAGACGUCUAUUGGAGAAUAGCUCUGUAGAAGUCCACACUGUGUGGGGCGCACGCCGGUAUAUGAAACUUAGUGGUGUGUGCCCUCUCUCGGACAUUUCAGACCCUAGAUGGCUUAUUCGACCACUGAGAAAAUAG